AUGAGGCUUCAGGCCCGGCUCGCAGAAUCCCUCAGCCACCGUCGUUUUGCAUUCCAGAACUUGAAAUUAGGUGCUUACUUCCGAUUCUCUGUUUUAUGUCUGCUUACGAGCUGUGAUUGCCAAUUUUCAGGUCACUUCCAGUACUUGACAGAUAUGGGAAUAAAAGCUGAGGGCGAGACCUAUAUUCCAGAAUACUUUGACAUGGAACAUUCUAGUGUAAAUUCUAAUGGCAAUGUGUUGCCGUAUCACAAGGAGAACAAACCAAGUGUGUAUCUUGCUGAGAAGUUCACAAUAAUAGCUUCAAAUGGAUCUGUACAUUACGACAAGGAAAUGAUAAAGCGGACAAUGCUUGUACAUGAAGCUACAUUUCGGAAACAGGUGUAUGAGCUUCACCGUCUUUACAAAAUUCAGAACAACCUAAUGGCACGGUUCCAACGAGAAGAGCUCAAUGGUUGUCCUAGUUAUGCAGAUGUAUUGCAGCCAAGGUCCUCUGCAUCACAGGCACUGCUUGGUGAUGUUAAAGGAAUGCAGCAAACUGCAAAUCCUAUUUCUGGACAUGAUCCUAAGCAAUCAUGCAUCGAUUUGAUAAAUGAAAGUAGUUCACAAUAUAGUGUGAGUGGAACUCCUUUGAGGCAUAACAAUGUUAGGCCUCAAAAGAAAAUGUUCGACCUGCAGCUUCCAGCAGAUGUAUACGCUGACGACGACAAUGAUGAUGAUGUGGAGAUACUGGAAGUGAGGCCUUCGAAAAGUUUGCCUGGGGCUAAUGGUUCUGUUCUUUUUGGAAAUGUCAAGCUUAACCUUCAAAAUAGUGAGGGCUAUUCACAUAUGAAGAGUUGGAGUACUGAUAUACAGGCACAUCACAGCUCAGCUGCGUAUAUACUGAAUAAACCAGUUGAAGAAUCAUCUAGUAUGAAUCUUACAGAUUUUCGUGGUGUGGGAAUAUCUGCUCCCCAGAACCAGCGUCAUGUAUCACAGGGAGUGAACUUGAACCUCAUAAGCUUGGAAGCAAAACUGAAAGAAAAAUGUGUUGGUAAAGCAUCUGGUUCAAGGUUCUUUGGAGCAAACGAGGAAAUAAGGAACAACAAUUCAUUUCAACAGAGAAAGGAUGACUCAAACACUAGCAUGGCAUGGUACAAACAAAAUUGUACUGGUUCCUCAAUGGGACAUUACGCUCCCAGUGCUAGCACCUUCAAUCACUCAAUCCUUGCUCCGCUUGGCUUCAAUCAUGCACUGAAUCCUCCGUGGCAAAGCAACAACACAAGCUACUUGACUAAGAGUCAUUGUGGUGCUGCUGAAACAUUCACUGCUAAGGAUGCCCUUUCCAAUGGUAUCUCGAUGGAUUCUACUUCAAAGGCACCCUAUCAUCAUUCACUGAAGAUUCAGGGAGGUGCAGGAUAUCAAAAGCUUCCUGCACUCCAUGAUAACCUGAUGAAUAUAGAUCUGAAUGACACACCGUUUGAUGCCACUGCCACUUGGGAACAGGGAAGCGAGAAAUCAGUGGUUGAUAUCAGGCUCAGCAAGAAACCAGUAAGCCUGAUGGAAUCACAAGUCCCAUCAAGUUAUGCAAAGGACCAUACCCAGAUUUUGCCCAGCCCCACAUUAUAUUCAGAAAGUAGCACAAGAGUCCCCGCCUUUCCCAUCAGUGUUGGCGCUGAAAAAGAUUCUCAGUGUUCACCCACUUUACAGUAUGACCUAAACAUUGGACCAUCGAUUAAGUGUGAAGCUGACAUGGAAAUUCAACCCCAGUGCAAGGAAAGUGACACAGAUAUUAGGAAUCUCAUUGACCUGAAUGAAGCCUUGCCAAUAAUCGAUGAUCCAGAGAUGGAUGCUCAUGAAUCAGGUGAAAUUGUUCCUCAUGAACCCAAUGAUCCUUCACAGGAUUCUCUCGCCAUAGCAGCAGCAGAGAGGCUGGUAGAAAUGUGGAAUGAUAGCGUUCAGCCAGCAUCUCCUCAACCUGACAUUUUGCAUUGGUUCGCUGACCUAGCUAUAUCCAAAGAUAACACAGUGUUGGACAAGGACAGUGAUGAUGACUUUGAGGCUGCAACACUGAAGCUGCAAGAAACCAAAAGCAACGAGUACCAUUCAACACAAAGAACCACCCAGGAGGAUAACCGUAACUGUGGCCAUAGCUCUGCAGCUUCAGAUCUUGUCUCAAAACCUCAGAGAGGUAGAGGGCGAGGACGUCGACAGAGGAAAGACUUUCAGAAGGACAUCCUGCCAAGCCUUGCGUCAUUACCAAAGCACGAGGUAUCAGAGGAUCUUCGUGCACUUGGAAGGUCCAAGCCAGCCACGCCGGCGAAACGUGGCCGGAACAAGCAGCAGCCGAGAGGGAGGCGCCGGGCAAGAAGCGUGGCUGUUGCCAUGGAGGUAGAGGAAACCAAGGUCAGCCCACCACCACAGGCAUCACCAUCUCUUGUCCCUGCUGACUUGGACGCGGAUGCACUGGGCAUAAUAAGGUGGGGAAGGACCACCAGACGCUGUCGAAGGCCGAGAUGCCCGCCGGUGAACAAUGCAUCGUUGCGUGUAGCUUGA